AUGGGCUCUAGAACCGGUUCUCGAGAAGAACAUUCUCUGCAAUUUUUGAAUCUAACCAAAAUGACUACAACAACAGCUUCAAAUUUGCCAUGGGUGGAGAAAUAUCGUCCAAGCAAGUUGGACGAACUUGUCGCACACGAGCAGAUUGUAAAAACUUUGACGAAAUUUAUUGAAAACCGCACAUUGCCUCAUCUUCUUUUCUACGGACCACCUGGAACUGGAAAAACGACGACGGUGUUAGCAGCAGCGCGACAAAUGUAUUCCCCGACGAAAAUGGCGUCAAUGGUAUUGGAAUUGAACGCUUCAGAUGAACGUGGAAUUGAUGUUGUGAGAAACACCAUCGUAAACUUCGCACAAACAAAAGGACUUCAAGCAUUUUCGACAUCUUCCAACACAGGCACUGUGCCGUUUAAGCUUGUGAUUCUUGACGAGGCUGAUGCUAUGACAAAGGAUGCUCAGAAUGCAUUGAGAAGAGUGAUUGAAAAGUACACGGACAACGUUCGUUUCUGCAUCAUCUGCAACUACUUGGCAUCAAUCGUUCCAGCUAUUCAAUCCCGUUGUACUCGUUUCCGAUUCGCUCCCUUAGAUCAAAAACUGAUUGUUCCCCGGUUGGAAUACAUUGUGGAGACGGAACAACUGAAAAUGACUCCAGAUGGAAAAGAUGCACUUUUGAUUGUUUCAAAAGGUGACAUGAGAACUGUCAUCAACACACUUCAAAGUACUGCAAUGAGUUUCGAUACAGUUUCAGAAAAUACAGUUUACCAGUGUAUUGGACAGCCGACACCGAAAGAAAUGAAAGAAGUUGUGAAGACUCUACUGAAUGAUCCAUCGAAAAAAUGUAUGAAUACAAUUCAAACGAAAUUGUUCGAGAACGGAUAUGCCCUUCAAGAUGUCAUCACUCAUCUCCACGAUUUUGUAUUCACUUUGGACAUCCCAGAUGAAGCAAUGUCAGCUAUUAUCACUGGAUUAGGAGAAGUUGAGGAGAAUUUGUCAACUGGAUGUUCUAAUGAAACACAGCUUGCAGCUGUUGUUGCAGCUUUUUUCGAGGCAAAACGUUUGUGUGUGAAAGAGAUGAAGAACUUGGAAAUUGAAGACAUGGAAUUUUAAGAGUAUUCUAUUCUCCUUUGGCUGUCUCGGUGAUUCCUAUUUUUCACGAAAUGAGUAAAUUGUUUGAUCUCUCAGUAUAUUUUUAUAUUUUUUAAGUGACCUCAUUUAUUAUCCUCGAUCUGUGAAAAAGUUGACUUUACACUUACAUGUAUGAAUAUCCAAUAAACUGGUUGCAACUUGAU